AAUUUAUUGAAAGUAAUAUUUAUAUAAAAUAUUAAUUUUUUCGAUGAUUUGGAAAUUAAACAUGUUUUUUACUCGAGUCGUAUUUUAAAGUAAAUUAUUAUUUUAGAAUUAGAAUAUUUUUUGUUGUUAUGCUUGCAUUUGGUCUAUUAAGACGUAAUAAUUGCGUUCAAUGGUGUAAUGCUUCGAGGAUAAUAUUUCAUAAAUCAACAUCAUCAAAAUAUAAAAAUACAAGGUUUUUUCAAAAUUCAUCUUUAAAACAAACAUCAUAUAAAAUGGAAAAAAAGAAAAAUCGUUUAGCCUUAGAAAAAUCACCUUAUCUUUUACAACAUGCUGAAAAUCCUGUUGAAUGGUAUUCUUGGAGUGAUGAAGCUUUUAAAAAAGCUCAGGAAGAAAAAAAACUGAUUUUUCUUUCAGUUGGGUACUCGACAUGUCAUUGGUGUCAUGUUAUGGAACAUGAAUCUUUUGAAAAUAAUGAAGUAGCAGCAAUUAUGAAUGAACAUUUUAUUAAUAUAAAAGUUGACCGUGAAGAGCGUCCUGAUGUUGAUCAAUUAUACAUGACAUUUGUUCAGGCAGCCUCUGGUUCAGGAGGAUGGCCUAUGAGUGUAUUUUUAACACCAGACUUAAAACCAAUUGGUGGUGGAACUUAUUAUCCACCAGAAGAUUCAUACGGCCGUCCAGGAUUUAAAAGUGUUCUUUUGCACAUGGCAAAAAAAUGGUCACAUGAUUCUGCUGAAAUGUUAGAAAAUAGUGGAAAACUUAUAAAAAUACUUUAUGAAACAACAACAUUUGAUAUCAAUGUCCCGCUUGAGCUUCUAAAACCUAACCCAAGAUCUUGGGUAACAUGUUUUUCACAACUACAGAGGAUUUAUGAUGAUGAAUGGGGUGGCUUUGGUAUGGCUCCAAAGUUCCCACAACCAUCAAUAUUGGACUUUUUGCUUCAUAUUUCAUGUAAAAAAAAAGCUACAGAAAGUGCUGAAAGUCUUAUCAUGGCAUUAGAAACUUUAAAAAAAAUGGCUAUGGGUGGUAUUCAUGAUCAUAUAGGCCAAGGAUUUGCUCGAUACUCAACGGAUGAAAAAUGGCAUGUACCACAUUUUGAAAAAAUGUUGUAUGAUCAAGCACAAUUAGCAUCAUCAUAUACUACAGCUUAUUUAAUUACAAAAAAUAAACUAUAUUCUAACAUAGUUCAUGAUAUUUUACAGUAUGUCAGUAGAGAUUUAAGUCAUAAGGAUGGAGGAUUUUAUAGUGCUGAAGAUGCUGACUCUUUACCAAAUAUUAACUCAGAUAAAAAGAAAGAAGGUGCCUUUUAUACUUGGACACAGCAAGACAUAAUAAAACUCUUAGAUAAACCAUUAACUAACAAAUCAGAUGUGAAGCUUUCUGAUUUAUUUUGUUGGCAUUUUAGUGUUUUACCCAAUGGCAAUGUAAGACCAGAUUCCGAUCCUCAUGGUGAGCUUUUGGAUCAAAAUGUUUUAAUAGAAUUUAGAAGUAUUGAAAAUACAGCCAAAAAAUUUAAUUUGACUGUUGAAACAGUAGAAAAUGAAUUAAAAAUUGCAAAAAAAGUUUUAUUUGAAGCUCGAAAUAAAAGACCACGGCCUCAUCUUGAUAAUAAAAUUAUAACCUCUUGGAAUGGAUUAAUGAUUACUGCAUAUGCUAGAGCAGCAACAGCAUUUAAGUGUGAAGAGUAUAAACAAAAAGCUAUUCAAUGUGCUAAUUUUAUCAAGUUUCAUAUGUGGGAUGAGAGUACAAAUGUACUUUUACGUUCUUGUUAUGUAAACGAAUUAGGAGAGAUAAAUAAUCUUGAACAACCUAUAACAGGUUUUUUAAAUGACUAUGCUUUUCUCAUACGUGGUUUAUUAGAUUUAUAUGAAUGUACUUUACAAUCUGAAUGGUUAUCAUGGGCUAAUAAUUUGCAAGAACAACAAGAUAAACUAUUUUGGGAUAAAGAUAAAUUUGGAUACUUUUCUUCUACUGAUAAAGAUCCGAGUAUAAUUUUGAGAUUCAAAAGUGAUCAUGAUGGAGCUGAGCCGUGUGGUAAUUCAAUAUCUGCCUUAAAUCUUCAGAAAUUAUCAAUUAUUACUGAUAAUCCUGAAUAUACAAAAAAUCUAAAUUUAUUAUUCAAUUCAUUCACUGGACGCCUUUCAAACAAUGCUGGUUCAUUACCAACAUUAGUGUCUGCUCUUACAUUACAUAGUGAUUCAAUAACAUCAGUAUAUUUUACAGGAAAUAUUGAUGAUCCUGAUAUAGAUCCAUUGUUGUCAAUAACUAGGGAAAAUUAUAUACCUGGACUUACAGUUGCAUUAGCAGAAGAAUCAUCAAUUUCAACCCUAGCCAAAGGUUUAGCAGAAUCACAAAAAGGUAAAGUGUCCGCAUAUGUUUGCAAAAACAAUGUAUGUAACUUACCUGUCUACACACCAGAAGAAUUAAAAUCUUUAUUAAGCAAUUGAAACAAAAAAUAAUCAGUUUUAUUUAUGUGUUUUAAUAUUAAAAAUUGUUUAAUUUUAAUUAUUGUUAUUCAUAACUUUUUUAGGAUUAAAAUAUUUACUUAAAAAAAACAAAAUAUUUUCAGUGAAUAAUUUAUAAAAAUUGGUUAUUUUAAAAAUGGUACUUUGUGAUUCUCUUAGGAGCUGUUAUUAACUUUAAUAUACU